AUGACAUCAAUAACUAAACCAGUCCAGUUAAAACGAGCGAGUGUUGCUUGCAAUACAUGUCGAGAAAGCAAAUUGAAAUGCAGAAACAAUGGAGACUUUACAACUUGUCAAAGAUGUAUGACUCUAAAUACAAAGUGCUCGUACACUUUGAAAAACUCACAACUUAAACGGAAACAACCAGGCACAGGCAGAAGAGCCAGUCACAACAAGCAUGCACAAUACCAGCAUCUACAACAACCCAUAGUGCAGUUGCCAAGUAAAGAAUUAAUCAUUCAAGUAGUUAUCAUUUUCUUUGAAAACCAAUACAAGGGCAUAUUCCCAAUCUUCCACAAACCUACUUUUCUAACAUUUUUAAGGUCAGAGACAUUUGACCCAAGUACUUUUAUUCAAAACCCACCAAAGACAAUUACACCACUACAGCCAGAUCCUGCAAUACUCUUGAGCAUACUUGCGCUAUGUGCUCGACUACAUCCCGAAAUGCCAAAAAUAUACGGUGCAUUUGACGAAAAAACCGCAGCUACUUUCCAACCCAACUUCAUUACAUCUACUGCUUCACUCUCUGCAAACUCGGCAUCGAAUGCUUCAAACUACUUUGGAUGGCAUGCACGACGACUAUUGGCAGAACACUUUGAGCUGCCAUCAUUGAGCCGAUGUCAAGCCUUGUGUAUAUUGAGCAGUCAUGAAUGGGGCGAGGGAAAUGCAUCCAGAAGUCAUAUGUACCUGGGAAUCGCUGCCAGGAUGGCAAUGAUUCUCGGUCUAGAUGAGGAAAGCACAGAAUUGAUGCACGAUGGUCAAUUAUUGGAGUUGGAAGUGCGAAGAAGGGCUAUGUGGAGUAUCUAUAUGAUGGAUAGAUGCAAUGCAAGCGGAAGAAGUAGCCCUUCUUGUGUUUCUCUUAAGGAUAUUCAUAUAAGGUUACCAUGCGAUGAAAAGAGCUUUAUCUUUGUUAGUGGGCAGCAACAAUGUUUUCGGGAAGAUGUUGGCAAGUAUAUCCAAGAAGCAGAUACAAAGCGUUUAGCAGAAGUUUCGUGUUGUGGGUUUAUGCUAUACUUGUUUGAACAUUGGCGAAAUAUUUCCAAAUGGGUUGGCGAGACUGGUGGUAAGUUGGAGAGGUGUGCACCGUGGGAUGAUAAAUCGCCGUAUUAUAAAUUCUCAGUUGAUUUGGAUAAUUUUGAAAAAUAUUUACCCAAGCAUUUGAGGUUUGAGGCGAUGGAUGCACAUAUUGCCAACGGACUGGCGGCAGACUUUGCCUAUUUCCAUGGUCUUUUCUUUCUUUGCCGUAUUUUUCUUUGUCGUGAGUAUUUUUACUCGUCGCCCGAUUCUUCUCCCACUGGAUGGUGGAUAGAACAGGCCAAGAAAUUGUUUGAUAGUUUGGACAAGAUGGACCUGAUAACAAAGAUCUUGAAGCCAAUGAAUCUUAUGGUGAUUGCACCAUUUACGGGGUUCCAUGUAUUUACAACAGGCGCCACUAGUCUCUAUAUUGCUGCAUACCCGAGAAAAGUGUUGAUUGCGCAGUUUAACCAGGACAUUGCCGCCAAGUAUCUGAAAAUGGCCGAGGACUCGGUCGAGACACUCAAGAGUUGGCGUACAUCUUGGGGGUUGGGCAAGAAUUGGAUAGAGACUUUAAGGAAGUUGAAGCAGAUUUUCGUUCGAGUGUCUGAUGUCCAAGAUGAUGAUUUGAGACACAAGAUGCACGAUUACGGUAAUAUCGAUAAUAAACAAUCGAUGAAGAUUUCCAAUUUGGUUACUGAAGAAAGAGAUGCAGACAAGGAGGAUAUUUUGACGAUGGACUUUAUAAACAACCUCGAUCUCGUUAAUAUAUUCCCCGACUGGAGUGACCCAAUGAAUAUAUGA